AUGGUGGUGGCCCUGGAUCUGGCCCUGGGAAGGUAUCAGUGCCUUGGACAGGACUAUGUGCUCUCCCGCCCACCCCCUCAGUUCGGCUCCAUCUACCACGUCCGAGUCACCCCCGUGAAGGACCAGGCUGUCUGUGGGUCGUGCUGGAGCUUCGCCACCACCGGGGCCAUGGAAGGUGCCCUGUUCCUCAAGACCGGCGUGCUGACCCCCCUGUCCCAACAAGUCCUCAUCGACUGCUCCUGGGGCUUCGGGAACUACGCCUGUGACGGGGGGGAGGAGUGGAGAGCCUAUGAGUGGAUCAAGAAACACGGUGGCAUCGCCAGCACCGAGUCCUACGGCACCUACAAGGGACAGAACGGUCUGUGCCACUACAACCAGUCGGAGAUGCUGGCCAAGAUCACGGGCUACGUCAACGUCACCUCGGGCAACAUCACGGCCGUCAAAGCCGCCAUCUACAAGCACGGCCCCGUGGCCGUGAGCAUCGACGCCUCCCACAAGAGCUUCUCCUUCUACUCCAACGGCAUCUACUACGAGCCCAAGUGCGACAACACACCAGGAUCUCUGGACCAUGCAGUGCUGGCCGUGGGCUACGGGGUCCUGCAGGGAGAGACCUACUGGCUCAUCAAGAACUCCUGGUCCACCUACUGGGGCAACGACGGCUACAUCCUCAUGGCCAUGAAGGACAACAACUGCGGCGUGGCCACUGAGGCCACCUACCCCAUCCUGGCCUGAGCCACCCCGGCCCUGCA